AUGGGGAAGGUAUUUGGUGUACUCUUAGAAAGCGUUCCGACUAUGCAGAACGUUCCAUUUCCAGUAUAUGAGUUGAUCACAUACCUCACGGAGAAACCAGCUCGUGUAGAAGCGGAGGGCAUAUUUCGAAUUAGUGGGAAACUCGAAGACAUCAAUUUAAUUAAAAAAAUGUUUAACAAAGGAGAGCACGUCGAAUUGACACACUAUGACAUCCAUACCGUGGCGGCUGUUCUCAAAGCGUUUUUUAGAGAAUUGCCAGACUCUUUAGUUAAAAAGGAAAACACAGACAUGAUCAUCGCAACCGUUCAAAUGGACGACAAAUUUUAUCCUACUAAAAUUAAAAACAUUCAAAAUAUACUCUCCUUUUUACCACCAGUGUACUAUUCAACGUUAAAAAUGUUAUUACAUUAUCUCCGAUUAGUGUGUGAUGCGUCAGCUAUUAAUAAAAUGAAUGUCUCGAAUAUUUCCAUCAUCUUUGGUGUUAAUAUCUUCACUGGAGUGAAUGUAGUUGAUAUGAUUAGUUCGAAUAAUAGUGACUGUUUUGCUUGCACUAGAUUUCUUAUAGAAAAUUAUAAAGAAGUCUUCGACACGCCACACGAUAACACUUUUAAAACAAGUCUUUCCCUCCCUUCCGCAGACCAAGAACCUUCUAAACCUUUUUUACUCGCUCGUUCGAAUCCAACAACCGCCGUCCCUCGUCGCAACCCUCCACCUCCGCCACGUCCUCAAUUCGCUCCUGUCCAUCACAAAACGAAUUCCGCAGAAACUAAAAUCCCACCAACACAUUCAAGUCCAACGUUUUCCUCUCCAAACCUCCAAAUAACUCCUCAGAAGAAAUCUUCCCCAAAAUCACUCAGUCCAACAGCUCAACAAACACCUGAAAAACCUAAACCCGACUUGCCUCCAAGAAAACAACAAAAAGUGUUCCCAAAGAAGCAAAAAAUCGCAGACAAGCCGUUGAGUUUUAAGUCGGAGACAGACGCCGGAAGAGCUCCACCUCCUCCCCCCAAGAAAAGAAACGACUACCAACAACCAAGCAUUUUGUAA